AUGGCAACAUCACCCCUUAGCUGGACAUUCAGUCUGGCGCUGAUAGCACUCUGCCUUUUCUCCACUACCAACGCCGCCCUCUUCGCUAAGAAUUCCAAGGUUACCAUCCUCGACUCCUCCAACUUCAAACGGGAAGUGCUCGACAUUGAGAAGCCGACCAUGGUAGCUUUCACCGCUCCUUGGUGUGGACACUGUCAGAAGCUUGUACCAGACUAUUCCAAGGUCGCUGCUCAACUUGACGGUGUUGUGAAAAUGGCCUCGAUCGACUGCGAUGACGACAAGAACAAACCCACUUGCGGAAAGUACGGCAUUCAGGGCUUCCCGACGCUGAAACUCUUCCCACCGACCAAGAAGCGCCUUCCGAAGGACUAUCAAGGGCCUCGAUCGGCUAAAGAUAUCGCUGCGUAUAUGGUGGAUGCGCUUCCCAUGGGUGCCAAGAAACUCAAAGCGGAAGAGCUGCAAGAGUAUGCUGACAAGGAUGCCGAAACGCCCAAAGUGAUCCUGUUUUCCAAGAAGCCAACCAGCUCACCGCUGUACAAGAGUCUUGCGCUGGACUUUAGGAAGAGUCUGUCGUUUGCGUUCCUCAGAGGAGAUCAGAGGCCAGUGCAGGCUGCUGCGAGGAUCCAUCUGGGAGUCGACGUAAGGGACGACCAAUUGCCAUACUUGAUUGUGGUUCCAUCGAGGGCCAGUGGUGAGAAAGUGGAUAAGAGCAAGAUCAAGGCAUAUACUGGUGCGCUCAAAUAUUACGAUUUAAAUGAGUGGAUCAAGCAGACAAUUCCGGAGGCAAAGUCGGGUAAGGUGAAGAAAGUAGGCACGAAGGCGAAUGUUAAGAAGAAGCCGAUCAAGCUGGAUCAGGAUAUUCAAGACGUUCCCGAGGGUGCGAACCGGGAAUGGAGGAUGGAAGAGGAGAUGACGGAAGAAGAGAAAAGAAAGAAGAUGGAGGAGUUGGCCGAGAUGCUCAACACAGCGAUCAAACAGUCGAACGACCUUCGCGAUGGUAAAGCACCAUCCUCUGCCGACACCGGAAACAGCGAAACACCUCCAGUGGUGAAGAGCGAUACCAAUUCAAGCGCACACUCCAGCAGCGAGGGAUCGCACUCGUCGUCGUGGUCAUCAUCCUACUCUUCUUCAACCGAUUCCGAUGGCAAAAAGAACAUUCAUCGUAGCGCAUCCCACUCUUCUUCUGGCGACUCACCCGAUUCCGCCUCCACGUACAAAGUGUCCUCCCACACCGAGUCCGACGACAUCUCGCUCAAAGAAAAUCUUCAACGCUGGCUCGAAGGCGAAAAGGUCGACUGGUCUGCGGACUAUGCGACUCAGUUCAAAGACGCUCAACGUGCAGCUGAAGAUCUCAUCGCCAACGAUCCCGAAAAGGCGGACCAGAUGGCGUUGGAAAGCGAAAAGUGGCUAGCACACUAUCUGGUAUCCGAUCUGGAUAUGAUGAAGAUUGCUAAAGACAAGGGCAACCAAGAUCCCGCGCUGAGCGAUGAUAAGAUUGAAAGGGUGGAAAGGAUGUAUAACGAGAUUUUGAAGAGGAUCGAGGAGCGGGAGAGCAAGUUUAAGGAAAAAGAGAGUCAAGCCGAAACUCCGAGUAAAGGUCAUGACGAGCUUUGA